AUCUAGACAUACAGUCAUAACUAAACCAAAAAUGACAUUUUGAUUUACUAAUCAAUAUUUUUUAACUUAUCGGAAAUACGUUUGGAUUGGGAUGUGUGGCGAUGUCGCGUUGGAUCAAGAAUAAUCUUGCAAGACUCUCUUCGUUAUCACAAAUCACCAACAGCAACCCCUCCGCCUCCAAGAUUAUGGAAGUGGAAGUAAAGCUCCGGCUGCCGGACUCCACCGCCCAUCAGAAACUUUCCGAUUUACUCUCUCCUUACCACACCAAAACCCACCUCCAACAAAACCUUUUCUUCGACACCCCAUCACUCUCCCUCGCCCCCACUCACCUCGCCGCCCUCCGCCUCCGCUUCUACGACCUCGACUCCCACGCCAUCCUCUCCCUCAAAGCCAAACCCGUAAUUUCCGCCGGAAUCAGUCGCAUAGAGGAGGAAGAAGAGUCCCUAGACCCCUCCCUCGCCCGCGCUUGCGCCGCGGAGCCAUGGCGGUUCUCCACCAUCGAGAAAUCCAGAAUCUUGAAGAGAGUAAAUGAGGAAUUCGGGGUUGAUCUAAUGGAACUCGUGUCUCUUGGAGGGUUUAGAAAUGUGAGAGCUGUUCAUAAGUGGAAUGGUUUGAAAUUGGAAUUGGAUGAAACUCAGUUUGAUUUUGGGGUUAAUUAUGAGAUUGAAUGCGAGAGUGAUGAUCCUGAUGAAGCUAAAUUGAUGCUGGAAGAGUUGCUUAAUCAAAAUGGGAUUAGUUUUUCUUAUUCCCAGGUCUCAAAAUUCGCCAUAUUUAGAUCAGGGAAGCUGCCUGAAUUCAAAAAAGGUGUAACCGCCUAACCGAACAAGAAUGUGAAGCCAAAAGAAAAGGUGUAACGAGCUCGAGCUUCUAUAAGUGCCAAGCUCGGCUUGGCUCGUUUACAUCCCUAUUUGUAACUUGGCUCAAACAAAAUGACAGUGCAGCUCAUAGAGAACACAUUUUUUGUUUGUUCACCAAGGAGAUGUGUGAUGGAUGGUUCUUGAAAUAUUGGUUCUUCACACAUCCCACAUUAGAUAAGAGUUUGAAAGAAAAGGAGUAGGAA